AUGGACUCGAUCAAAGGGUUUCACGCUCUUGGGACGUACACAAUUCUUGAUUCGGAGAAUUAUAGCUUUUGGAAAGUAAAAGCAAUGAAUCUCAUCAAAGGGAUUGAUGAAGAUGCUUGGAGUUCGGUGGAAGAAGGAUGGAGUGCUCCAACUCACGUGGUUGAUGGGAAGGAAAUUCUGAAGCCUAGAUCUAAAUGGACAACCAAAGAGAAGAGAGCAUCGGCAUUAAAUUCAAAGGCGAUAACCAUCAUCUUCAAUACCGUUGAUAAGGACGAAUUCAAGCAGAUCCAAGGGUGUAAGUCAGCAAAAGAAGCCUGGGAUGCACUUGAACUAAUUCAUGAAGGUACCUCAAGUGUUAAACGCACAAGGAGAGAUCUGAUCAAACAUCAAUUCAACAUGCUUCAGAUGGGUGAAAACGAAAGUGUCAAGGAAUUUUGCGGGAAGCUGAAUGCAUUAGCAAACAAGGCUGAGGUUCUUGGAAAGACCUACCGAGACAAACAAUUAGUGGCCAAACUUCUUGUAAGUUUACCUAAAAAGUUUAUGUCUCAUAAAUCUGUAUUCACCAUGGUAAAUAAUGUAGACACUGUUAGUUUCAAAGAAACAGUUGGUGCAUUUGCUGCUCAUGAAUUAGAAUUAGAGUUGUAUGAGAAGCCAAAGAGAGCAACAACGUCGCACAAAAAUAUGGCUUUCCAUGUCCCAGAGAUAUCUGACACUCAAGGUCAAGUAUCACUGGACGAGGACAUGAUGAUGAUUGUCAAAAAGCUCAACAGAUUUUUCAAGAAAAAGCCAGUGACUGCUGGAAAAUCUGAGCUGAGAAACACUGGAAAGUGUCUCGAAUGCAAGGGAGCUGGUCAUUGGAAAGCUGAGUGUCCUAACAUUGCUAAGAGAGAAGCAAUGUUGAGGAAUCUAAAGGAUCUUCAAUGUUAUGAAUGCAAAGGGUAUGGUCAUAUGAAGAACGAGUGUGCUGGUGGGAAGUCAAAAGGAAAAUCUUCACUCACUCACGAAGAGUUGGUAACUGAAUCUGAUGAAGAUGAAGAAGAAAAACACUCAAAUUUCGUUGCACUCUUUGGUGACACAAAAGAACAUGAGGAACAAGAAGAGGAGGUUAGUGAAGAAGAUCUGUACAAAGAGAUGACAAAGCUUUACGAUAUCAACAUGAAGCUGAUCAAGGAACAGAAACAGAGUGAGUCAACAAUCACUGACCUGAAGAAACAGUUGAUCAAAGAACAAAAGGAGAAGGAGUCAACGACCAUUGAUCUAAAGAAGCAGCUGAAAGAAAAAGAAGAAAAGAUCACCUUACUACAAAGUCAAUUGGAUGAGACUAUGAAAAAAGUAAGGAUGCUCGGAAGUGGUACAGGAAAGCUUGAUCAUCUACUGAGAAUUGGGCGAACUGAUUCUGGGCAUGCUGACCUAGGAUACACUGGACGAAGUAUUAACAAAGUAGGAAACUUUGUUUCUGGAGGAAAGCUUGGAGAUGAGAAUAUUGUUCCGGUCAAAAAUACUCCAAGAAUCAAGGUUGAUCUUCAUCCGAGAAAGCAGUAUCGAAGCAACACGGGUGACAAUGUUACAUUUGGCGAUGGACGAAAAGGAAAGAUCAUUGGAAAAGGAACGCUGGACUCAUCUGCACUGCCUACCCUUACUAAUGUGAAUGUGGUUGAAGGACUCAAGGCGAAUCUCAUUAGCAUAAGUCAACUUUGUGACUCUGGACUUCAGGUACACUUCACUAAAGAUGUAUGUUUAGUCACUAACUCGUUGAAUGAGUGUGUGUUGACAGGAAAGCGAACACCGAGUAACUGUUAUACUUGGGAUGAUCAAUCGAGGACAGAGUUAUGGCAUCAAAGUAGAGGGAAAGCUUACGAGAUAUCUGAUAUACUUCGAGAACCAGUCAGUAAUCACUCAGAUCUUGACCAGGUACAUCUCACUUCAUCUCAGAAUUCUGAAGUGCUAGAAGAGGAUAUGAAAAGUGAUCCUGAGCCCCCUGUUCGUCGAAACUACCUAGCUAAUGAUGUGAGUGGAAGUGUGAAUGACCCACGACAGGAUGAAUCUAUUAAGAUGCACGAGGGUUUGAAUGAUGAGUACUACCUCAAGAUAAUGCAUGAAGAUGGAAGAGUCAGUCACAACAAACCAAGGUUAGUGGCUCAAGGGGACACUCAAGUGGAAGGGAAAUAA